AUGUCAAAUUUUAAUUGUCAAAAGCAGCCUAUAGUUGCUCCUUCAUCAUCAUCAACUGAAAACCCAUCGUCUCCUGAUGAUCGCGAUAUUCCCACUUCCGCUCAACCUAAAUCGAUUCUGGAAAAUGAUCCAAAUCGCUUAAUUUACCCACCGAUUGGCCGUGGUGAUUUAGAUCCUUCCGGACAAGGAAUUGGUGGUGGGAUGUUAUCAUCAUCAACUGAAAAUUCAUCGUCUCAUGAUCCAAAUCGCUUAAUUUAUCCACCAAUUGGCCGUGGUGAUUUAGAUCCUUUCGGACAAGGAAUCGGUGGUGGGAUGUUAUUCGACCCAUUCUCUGGAAAUCGUUUUCGACCUGAACGUGGUCCACCUGUGAAUAUGCCACGUGGAGCAUUGCCGCCGGGUGCUCGUUACGAUCCUACCUGA